AUGGUUAGAACAUCACUCAUUCGAUAUGCAAAUAUUGGUUUUAUCGGAACAGGAAAUAUGGGAAAAUUUAUGGCAACAAAUUUAAUUAAUGCCGGACAUCAUUUGAAAAUUUUUGAUAGUAAUAAACAAUGCCUCGUACAAUUUCAAGGAAAAAGUAAUGCAAAAUGUGUCGAAACUCCGGCUGAUACUGUAAAAGACUCAAAUUUUGUUAUAACGAUGCUACCUAUUGGAAAAAUUGUGCGUGAUGUAUGCACAGGGAACAAUUCAGUCUUUGGUGCUGCUAAACCAGGCACCUACGUAAUUGAUUGCAGUACUAUUGACGUAGCAACAUCACAGAAAUUAGCUGAAAUAGCUGAAAAGAAAGACAUACAUUUUGUAGAUGCACCCGUAUCCGGUGGUGUUACCGGAGCAGAAAAAGCAACUUUAACAUUCAUGGUAGGUGCUAAAACUUCGAAUGAUUUUGAAAAAGUGAAAGAAAUUUUAUCUGUGAUGGGAAAAAAUAUUGUACAUGCUGGAACAAAUGGAAAUGGACUAGCAGCAAAAAUCGCUAAUAAUAUGCUAUUGGCAAUAAGUAUGAUCGCAACUGCGGAAGCUAUGAAUCUCGGAAUAAAACUUGGUCUAGAUAAAAAUGUUCUCACAAAACUAAUAAAUUCAUCAUCGGGAAGAUGUUGGUCGAGUGAAAUGUAUAAUCCAGUUCCUGGCAUUAUGCCUACAGGAGCAGCCAGUAAUGACUAUAAUGGAGGAUUUGCGUGCGAAUUAAUGCAAAAGGAUAUUUCGUUGGCGUUAGACGCUGCAAACGACAUCAAAGUUAAUAUACCGUUAGGAGAACAUGCAAGUAAAAUUUAUAAUAACUUAACGAAAUGUGGCUUCGCUAAAAAAGAUUUUAGUGUUAUAUACAAAUAUCUGAACGAAAAUCCAAAAGCAUGA